AUGGCAGACAAAGGCAAAAAGGGGGACAAGUCGGGCGGCAAGCAGGAGGGAGAGCAGCCCUUGGGGGAGGACAAGAAGGGGGAGGACAAGAAGGGGGAGAAGAAGGGAGAGGAGCCGCCGCCGCCCAAGAUCAAGUCCGUGCAGCCCAAGGAUGAGGUGGGCACCAGGAAGGGGUGCCGCCGCUACCGCUGGGAGCUCAAGGACAGCAACAAGGAGUUCUGGAUGGUGGGGCACGCCUUGAUCAAGAUCCUGAGCGUGGGCUGCCUGGUAGGCGCGCUCAUCGUGUUCACCGGCACCGUGGUGCACCCGCUCGUGACCCUCAUGAUCAUAAUGGAGCUGUCCAUCUUCCUCUUCUUCAUCUUCAUCUACACCUUCGCCAUCAACAAAUACAUGCCCUUCAUCCUGUGGCCCGUCACUGACAUAAUCAAUGACCUAUGCGCCACUGCUUUCCUGGUCGGCACUGCCAUCUACGCCGUACUAACUCGCGAAACCAUGCCAGUCAACUACGUAGUUUCUGUGGCCCUUAUUGCGGUGGCUGCCUUUUUCCCUAUAAUCGAUAUAUGCCUCCAAAGAAAACACUUCAGAGGCAAGAAGGUCAAAAGGAAUGUGCUGGUUCCUCCUCCAAAACUGGCCGAAACUGAAAAGGCAAAGGGAGGGCCAAAGCCAAAGGAGGAAAAGAAGGGGAAGGCAGCGAAGGCGGGCAAGAAAUGA